AUGGUCGUGCCUCGGACAGUUGAUGUAUAUGUCCUUCCAACCGGAUAUCUCUGGCUCCCAGAUCGCUGGAUCUUUGCUGAUGGAGACUUGAAAGUCCGCCACCUGUCUCCAGACUAUAGUUUCCUCAUUCAACACCCUUCGGGCCAGAAUGUACUGUUUGAUCUUGGCAUGCGCAAGGACCUGGACAAUAACCCCAGGGUCAUUAGGGAGGAUUAUGAUGCAAUUGAGCCCUACGUUCCCAAAGAUGCACACGACCUGCUCUCAGAGGGGCCAGUAAAGCCAGAGCUCAUUGAUAUGGUGGUGUUGAGUCAUAUGCAUUUUGACCACAGUGGGGAUGUUGAGCGCUUUCCUCGAUCUAAGAUCAUUGUCGGGCCGGGAACGCGAGACUGCAUUCAUCCAGGAUACCCGACCAUUGAUGGUUCGCCUUUCGACGGCUCAGUGCUCGCCCACCAGGGGUUCAUUGAGCUGGACAUAUCACAAUACGGUCGACUUGAGGAAGCUUCUGUGCCCCCUUCAUUCGCCUUUGAGGAAGGGGUAGAUAUCUUUGGCGAUGGGUCUUUCUUCAUACUUGAUGCGCCGGGUCAUAUGCCUGGUCAUCAGAUGGCGCUAGCACGGACUGGUGAGGAUGAAUGGGUUGUUAUGGGAGGCGACUGCUGUCAUCAUAGGGAUUUGCUCGAACAUCCGUCUCGAGACAUCAGCAUCGACGUGGGACCAAACGGUCAGCCUGGGUUUCACAAAGAUCCAGUCAGCGCAAGGAGAACCAUCCAGAGGACCAAGGCUUUGCACUCCAAUCCGAGUGUCUUUGUAGUACUCGCCCAUGACGCUCAGAUUGACGGGAUAGUUCCGGUGUAUCCACAGAAGCUGAACGGAUGGCGAGAAAAGGCCUUGAAGGCACAGGUUCGGCAUCAAACCCUGACGAUUGAGGAGGUCAAAACGAGAUAUAAGUAG